UUUAAUGUAAUAAUCAAUAAAUUUAACUUUUUUUUUCAGUCAACACAAAUAUACUUAUUUAAUUUAUCAACAAUUUGUUAUCCAAUUUAACAAGUCGACACACGUUGAAAUUCAAACGUGAAUUUUGUAAAUAAAUAAAUUCUUACGUUUUUGAUAUCCAUAUUUCUUAUGUAAUAAUAAAAGCUUGUUAAUUAUACAAUUUUAAAGAUUAUUUAACUAUUUUGGCUUCAGAAUUAAAAUUACUCAACAUAAAUAAAGUAAGGGAGAAGUUUUUGCCCUAAUAUCGGUAAUUGAAAAUUAUUAUUUUCUGAAAAGUAAAUGACAUUUCCGCUAUUAUGUUCUAUUAGUUUUAGAAUCUUUUAUAUAUAGUUAAUUUGUAUUGAUUCCUUAAGUUUCCAUUGCUAAUAGCAUUGCUAAGUUGAAUUUUUUUUCAAUCAUAAACAAACUUUAAAUGAAAAUGAAUUGCAUAAAAAUAAUUAUUCUCAAAUAAUUAAUUUUGAAAUUUGAAGCUUGUAUCUUCUUACUGCGAAAACUAUUUAUAAAUUUUUAAUUAUAUUUCUUUAUUAUGGAUUCGAAAUUCAGAAGGAGGACCCCUACACUUGCCGCCAUUUAUCGAUACACGCGAUCAAGUACAACUCCUUUUUGCCGCAUAACUGGCAAAAGUCACUCCAUGGAUGAACACCAUUACGUUCCUAAUUCUGAUGAUUAUCCGAAAUUUGACCGGAUAUCUGGUUGCCGGAUAACAGAAAAACAUGGUCAUUUUAAAGAUUAUAAAUAUGUCUAUCCAAUCCUAGAUCUCGAUGGUACUACUCGUAUGGUAACUGAACAUGAUUUUCACUGUCGCAUCACAGCAAAAUACAGAGCCAUGUCAGGACAUAAGUAUUUAUAUCCUGUUUUAAAUGCAUCUACUGACAAAACAGUAGAUGAUAUGUCGUCAGUGGUAGAAGAUGAGUCUAUGCGUGACGUAAUCGUGCCGUCAGAAGUUGAGCUUAUUGUGAGAGGUGGUAUAAAAGACGUGUUAAAGCUAAACGACAGCGAUUAUUUAUUUAUUUACAGCAAAGAGGGAGCUAUUGUCCCCGCUGCACUGAGAGAAAUACCAGCAAAACGUUUGGGGGAAGAUUCAAAACAUAGCAGACGACAUACACUACCAGCUGGAUUAGAAGCUGGACUAGCCUUUGACCUCGAAAAAUUUCGACAGACGACCCCUAUAAAAAUGCUCAGUGAGAUUAAGUUACCCGAAACCAUUGAAAAUUCUCCUGUCCAAGAGUUUGACCUGAUUCGCGAAGAAGUUGAAGUUUUACCAGAUGUCAGGAAGACGAGGCCGAAGCGACCUGGGAAACGAAACCCUAGAGGUAAUGAAAUUUUUAAGGCUAAGAGAAUUAAAGUUGAAGAUGAUUCAAGUGCAGAUAAAGAAAACUUAAAUAAUAUUCAAAAUAAGCCAGAUUCAACUGAGACAUUAAGUAGGUUAGAAAGAUAUAAGCUAAAGUUCAGUAACUUCGAAGUUAGUGAUAAUAAGGAGACAGGUAACAGACUUAUUCCUGUGGGUGCUUUUGAUGAAAAUGACGUAGAAGAGUUGGAUUUCAGCGAACCCAUGAAAAUUGAAUACACGUCUAAGGAAAAUGUUCUGCCCCAAUGUACUCCUAAAGUUGAUUUUAUAGAAGGUAAACAAUGCGUAGCCUCGGUAUCUUACAGAAACAUAAUGAGCUCAAACAAUGGAAAUGUUGAUUUUUAUGCUACUGAGUUUGUUACAUCAGAAGCCAGUGAAGAAUCUUAUUUAAGUAAUGCUCAAUCUUUGCAUACUGGCAAUGAUAAUGGUCUAAUUCGAUUAGAUGAAGCUCGAUCAACAUGUGCUGGUAAUUCUCUAAAUAUAUAUUCAACUGAAUCUGAUAAACAGGAAGUUUUGUCCAAUUUUAAAAAUAAAGAGUGCCUUAAAAGUUGGGAAAGCAUGGAAAAUCUCGAUUCUUUUCCGAAUACCAAGGCAUUGGAAAUCCCAGUAUCUGAUAUUAAAGAGAAAAAAGGUACACCCGCCUUUGGCUUUGGAGGUGUACUUAGCGAACUGAAAGGUAAACUUGGAAAAAUGAAAUCUUCGAAGAUUUCAGAAGAAAACUCUGAAAACGUAAGACCUGUCAACUCUCAGACUGAACCUGUAGUUAAUGAAUUGAAAAGUAGGCUUGAUAAGAUGAAGCAUUCGAAGUUUCCAGAAGAGAAUCCUGAAGACAUAAAACUCGUCCACCCACAAAUUGAAUCUGUUGUUAGCGAUAAAUGCCUACAACCCGGCGGUGUGUUUUCGGAAAGUGUUUGCAAUGGGUUAAGUGAAAAAAUUGCUUUGACAAAGGAAAUGCAGAGCUUAGAAGAAAAAACAGUGCCAUUUGAGCAAUUGAAACACACGUCUUUGAAUUCGGUAGAUCAGAUAAACUCUGCUGAGGAUCAGGGUAAACUUAUAAAAACUUAUGACAUUUUGAAUCACAAUGAGAACAUAAUUGGUUCAGAAAUUACCAGCUUCACUUCAGUCACAGUGAAACAAGACACAUUGAAAGAAACUGAAAAUUAUAAAUGCAAAUUCGAAGAAAAUGUAAAAGAGUUUAAUGUAUCAGAUGCGAAUAUCGAAACUAUAACUAAGGACACAUCUUCGUGUUCAGAUUUUACGAACGCCGGAGUUCAUGUUCCACUCUCUGAAAAAUAUUCUACAGAAAAUAAUAUAGACAUGGAGGAUAGUGCUUUUCAACGCUCGGCACAAGAAAGCGACGUUUCUUUGAAACAUAUCCUCAUGUCUGAGGAAACUUCAACUAGUAAUAAACUUAGUGGGCCCCUGUCCUUAACUAGUACUUUAAAUGAAAGUAAUGGUAAUAUAACAUUUUCUGAGAUGAGUAUUUCCAAUUUUGAUGAAAAUGAAUUUAACGAAAAAGUAGGGUUGAAGCAAACAAAGCAAUGUUUGGAAGAUACAAGCAAUUAUUUGAAAUCAAAUAUUCUCAAUGUGGAAAACGACAUUGAGAAUAACGUUUCUCAAACGUUUUUUUCUCAUGAAACCAAUCAUGAUACCAAAAACCAAAAUUCUAAUAAUUGUUUAGCUAUAAAUAAAACCGUCCAAAAAGAAAUGCAAUUCGUAAAACAAACUAACUCUUCAAUAAAUAAAUUAAAGCCAGGUAAUAACAGUGCUAAUAAUGACAUUAAUAACAUUAUAAACGAGAAUAAUAUUUUGCAAACGAUUUCUUCGCAUAAAAUUAAUAACGACUCCAUUUCCGUCGAAUCGUCUGAUUUCCAAACUUCCGUUACAAGUUUUGAAGCACUUGAUGAGUGUACUGGUGUUACGAAAGCUUCGAAUGUUUUCGAAACUUUAAGGAAACGACUGCCUGUCACUCACGAACUAUUAAAUAAAGAAAUAAGUGAUGUUCUUAACAGGAGAGGAAAAAAUGUAGCCUUUACCUUAACAGCACAAGAAAGUUUAGAGGAAAAACAAACGAUAACCACGAGUAUUGCCAACUGCGAACAGGGUAUUGACGUUUACGUUGCCAUUAUGGACUUUAAACCCAUGGGAAGUGACGAAGAAGCAGUGGUCAUGAAAGAAGGACAACAGGUGGAAGUUAUUGAUGCUUCCAAACCUAGGAGAUGGCUAGUUCGAACUGUCCCUAUGGGCAUCGAUGAGUCUCCAAGAGAAGGAUGGGUACCUGCUUGCUACCUAGAAAAGUCCACCGCCCGGGAUACCUUGGGCAGCUACGUGGUUACAGAAGCAGAAUUCGACCCGAAAGAAAUGGAAGCCAUUAAAAACAGAGAAGCAAUAGUUAAAGAAUUGGUUGAAACGGAAGAAGACUUUGCGAAGGAUAUGCAGUUUGUUGUGGAAAAUUACUAUAAACAAAUGGACAACCCCCGACUUCCAAAAGAAUUUAGGGACAGAAAAGGUUCCGUGUUUGGUAACUUUAAAGACAUCAGUGACUUCCACAACAACGUACUAAUGAACGGUGUCAAUCAUCAUGCAAAAGAACCUACCAAACUGGGAAAAACUUUCUUGCGGCUGGAACGAGAUUUCGAUAUGCAUGCGAGUUAUUGUUGGAAUGAAGCGAGGGCUCAAAAACUGCUCAGAGAAGGGUCCUUAAGAGAUUUCUUUGAUGACCACAGUCGGAUGAUAGAUGAUGAUAAACUGCUAGUAGACCAUUUAAAAUUGCCAAUUCAAAGACUGAAUGAUUAUCAGCUUUUAUUAAAGGAACUCAUAAAAUACUCUAGUCGACUGAAUGAAGACACGGCUGAUUUGCAGAAGGCUUUAGAUUUCAUCCACAGUAUCAAUAAAAGGAGCAGAGAUUUACAAUACAUUCAAGCAAUUGAAGGUUGUCAUGGCGAUCUAUUGAAACUGGGACGCAUAUUACUUCACGACAGUUUCGAUGUUUUUGAAGGGGCAGAGACGAGCUCUGUUGACCGUUGUGUAUUUCUUUUUAAAGGAAGAGUCUUCAUAACGGAAAAGCAUUCAACCUUAGAGAAGGAAUCUUAUCAUGUUACUAAUUUGUUCAAGCUUCAAGAUGUGGAAAUGGUUGAAAAUGUUGAAACAGAUCCAUUAAAGAUCUUGUUCAAAUCUCACAAGAAGAAUAGAUCAGGUUUUCCCCUCACUUUGAAGGCUAGGAGCAUUGAACAAAAAGUUGCCUGGUGUAAAGAAUUGAACUCAGCCAAUCAAGCUGUUGAAGACUUAGGUGAACUUGAACCGAGUUUGGAACCUGUUCCAAUCGCACCAACUGUUGAAGAGAUCAUUUCAAAGUCUAAUAGUGAUUUAGCGCAAAUUGAGCCUGACACGCCAGUCAAGCGCCAAGACUCAGAUAAGAAACCUUCCGCUACUCCAGACUCAUCUGUGCCACAGACACCUACUGAAACUGAAAAUACACGCCCUUCUUUAAAAAGACAGGCAUCUGUUAAGAAACCUCGAAAGAGUUCCGAUUCUUCAGCUCCACAAACUCCGACAGAUUCUGAAACUGCUCAACCAAGUUUCAAAAAACAGGAUUCUGUGAAAAAACAGAAGAAAUCAGACGAUUCACCUGCUCCUGGUACCCCUAUUGAAAAUCUAGAUAAACCUCCUCGAUUUCUGAGGCAGGAUUCAAAAAAAUCUAAAUCAUCCGAUACAUCUGAGCCUCAGACACCAUCUGAAGACUUACCAUCAGCUCCCACUUUAACGAGGCAAAGUUCAAAGAAAUCAUCUGCUCCUCAAACACCAUCCGAAGAGCAUCAAUCUGCUCCAUCUUUAGUUAGACAGAGCUCUAAAAAGUCACAAGAAUCGACUCCACAAACUCCAGUUGAAGAGCUUCCUUCGACACCCUCUCUAGGAAGGCAAGAUUCAAAAACGUCUAAGUCGUCUGAAAUUUCUGAACCUCAGACGCCAGUUGAAACUUUUACUUCUCCUCCUAGUUUGUCGAGACAAGAAUCUCGAAAAUCUAAAUCUUCAGCUCCUCAAACACCUGUUGAUGAAUUGCCAUCCGCUCCCUCAUUGACAAGACAAGAUUCAAAAAAGUCAAAAGCUUCGGACGCAUCUGCACCACAAACACCGAGUGAGGAUUUGCCACCCCCAUCUUUGACUAGACAAGAUUCAAAAAAAUCAAAAACUUCAGAUACUUCUGCACCACAAACACCAGCCGAGGACUUACCGUCAUUAUCUUUGAAAAGGCAAGAUUCCCAAAAGUCGAAGGUGUCCGACAAAUCAGCUCCACAGACACCAGCAGAGGAGCUACCAUCACCGUCUUUGAUUAGACAGGAUUCCAAAAGGUCGAAGGCUUCAGACACAUCUGCACCGCAAACACCAGCUGAGGACUUGCCACCCCCGUCUUUGAUCAGGCAAGAUUCUAAAAAGUCAAAAUCUUCUGAUAAAUCUGCUCCACAGACACCAGCUGAGGAUUUACCAUCCCCAUCUUUGACUAGACAAGAUUCCAAGAAGUCUAAAGCUUCAGAAUUAUCUGCUCCACAGACACCAGCUGAGGAUUUACCAUCCCCUUCUUUUAUUAGACAAGAUUCUAAGAAGUCUAAGGCUUCAGACUUAUCUGCGCCCCAGACGCCAGCUGAAGACCUGACGUCCGCACCUUCUUUGACUAGACAAGACUCAAAAAAGAAAACUGAAGAAGUAGAAAAGCCCCCGUUGGCUCGCCAGGAGUCCUUAAGCAAGAAAUCUAGUGCCAGCGAUAAACGCAAAGCAGAUAUUGAAUCAGCAGAAGAAACAGAAGCCAAAAGUAAACUUCGUCGCCAAGAUUCUGUGAAAAAGAAGGAAUCAAAAGCAUCAACAGAAAGUAUCGACAAGAAGAAAUCAAAAGGAGGUGAGGAAUUUUGUGAUAUUCCGCAAAUAAUUAUGUCUGAAGACGCUUCCGGUUCCGAUGCAAGGAUGGAGAGCGUGGAUUACGGUGAAGAUAACGCCACGUUGGCGAGUGAAAGUUUUCGAUCAGAUGAUACUCCUUCGAGUGUGACCCCUGUCAGUGAAUUUGAUCCAAUGGAAAAGCCACGCUUCUCCAAGCCUCUGAAGGGAAUCACAUGCAUAUUGGGUGAGACCGCUGUGCUAGAAUGUGAAACGGACGGAUCACCGAUACCGAGUGUCACAUGGCUGAGGGAUAAUCAGAAAAUUGCCAAGUCCAAACGAAUAGAGACUUCUUCUACGGGUCAAAAACACACACUCAUCAUCAAGGAUGUCAGUGGAGAGGACGGUGGCCUGUAUACCGUUGUGGCUUCUAGUGAAAAAGGAAGUGCUUCAUGCAGUGCUCCUCUCAACCUGAAAGUCUCUCUAUUGGGUCUUCCAAAAGAAGAUUCACGACCUACUACACCAGGAGGUACAAUUCUACCCCAUGCCCCAGUUUUCAAAGUGAAAUUGAAUAAGGAGACUCAACUUCUAGAAGGGACUAGUGUACGUUUUGAAAUAGUAGUCCGAGCAAAUCCUGAACCGGAAGUGAAAAUAUUAAAAGAUGGCAAAAAGUUAAAAUUUGAUGAUCGAGUCCGUGUUUCAUACGAGAGUAAGGAAGUGUUUGAAUUGAUCUUGGACCACGUCAUACCUAGUGAUGCUGGCACGUAUACUGUGAUAGCCACAAACAUAGAAGGAGAAGACAAAAGUGUUGGGAAUUUGAGCGUUGUCAAACAUAAAGAUGUGUUUAAAGGUCUUGAAGAUGUUUUGGAACAAGGAAGAGAACCAACUCCUCGUCCUCUCACUCCAAAGUUUAGAUGGUUUAAAGAUGGUCAGUUCUUUGAAGCUAACGAACGUUUCCAGGUUAUAUUUAAUGAAGAACAGGACAGUCUCGCCCUCAUGUUCCAACACGUUACACCAGAGGAUGCUGGUCUGUACACAUGUGUAGCCAGUACUAGUACAGGAAGCAAAAUUGCUUGCAGUGCAGAGCUUACUGUUCAAGAAAUUGAUCAAACUAGCGGAAGUGAUUAUGAGAAACCUGGCGUCGUGCGACAAGUAGAAGCACCAUCUAUCAAGGCUGAGUUAACAGAUGCUGAGGCUACUGAGGGAGGAUCUGCAAUGCUUGAAUUAAAAAUUACUGGUUUCCCCAAACCAAAAGUGACGUGGUACCACGGAGGGAAGGAAGUGUCAACGGGGGGACGUAUUCGAUUCUUGUUUGCAGACGAUGAAACCUUCACAUUGGUGAUCAAGAAUGUGAAGAAAGACGAUGGUGGAAAGUAUAGCGUGAAAGCCGCUAACGAAAUGGGAGAGGCAGAAUCAUCUUGUACUCUCACUGUUAAAUCGGCACCUUCUUUCAUCAAAGGAUUGAAAGACAAGUCAAUCAUGGCAGAAGAAUUGCUAAAAUUUGAAGUCCAGGUGGAUGGAAAUCCAACUCCAGAAGUGAAAUGGUAUAAAGAUGGGCAAGCCGUAGGUAAGAGUGACAGGAUUAAAAUCGUAAGUGACGGAGCCAAACAAAGCUUACAAAUUUCAAAUGCAACACCAUUAGAUUCUGGAAGUUACUCUUGUGUUAUAACCAACAAUCUUGGAAAUCAAGCAGAAUUCAGCAAUGUUGUUGUUAAAGCUUCUCCAACUUUUAUAAAAGGAAUGUCAAAUGUAGAAGGUCUUGAAGGGGAUACUCUUCAAUUUAAGAUAGAAAUAAAUGGAAAUCCAAAACCAACUUUAAAAUGGUUGAAAGAUGGCAAAGAAUUGGCGAUUGAUGGAAAACGUAUAAAAGUGACGGACGAAGGAAACAAUGUGUACACACUCACGAUUGACAAUGCAACACUCGCAGUUGUUGGUGCCUAUACUUGUGAACUGAGAAACGAACAUGGCUUAAAAGCUAGCACUGGAAAUUUGAACAUUAAAACGAAACCUGAAUUUAUCAAGAAACUUUCAGAUCUGGAAGUGAAUGAUGGUGAAACUGGAUUGGUUAUGAAUGUAUCAUUGAAAGGAUAUCCAACGCCUUCAGUUAAAUGGCUUUUGGAGGAUUCUGAUCUGAAAGAAAAUAAGAACUGCAUCAUAUCUUCUGAGAAAGAUGGCAUGAGUCACAGCUUGAAACUGAAGAAAGUCAACAAAUCCAGUGCUGGCAAAUAUACAUGUGAAGCUUCAAACGAGAUGGGAAAAUCAUCUACAAGUGGUUCACUCACUGUAAAAGUUACAACGAGAAAACCUGAAAUGGAACAAGAACUGAAACCAACUCAGCUGGUUGAAGGAAAACCUGGAAAAUUAGUAGCAAAAGUGACAGGAGAACCAAAACCAAAAAUUACCUGGUUGAAAGAUGGUAAGCCUAUUGAAUUGAAUGGGCGCUUUUCCAUGGAAGAAUCGGACGAUGGAACAGUUGCUCUACUUAUCAGUAAUGUCUCACCUGAUGAUGCGGGUGUGUACUCCAUCGAAGCAGUCAGUGAUGCCGGUGAAGUCAGAUCAGAAGCUCCAGUUACAACAAUCCCAGCUGGAAAGAAGCCUGAAUUCACUAAAGAACUGGAGAAACUUGAUGUUAUUGAAGGACAACUGUUACAGCUAACAGCUAAAGUAACAGGAAAACCAACAUCCAUCAAAUGGCAGAAGGAUGGGGAAGAUUUAUCAGAUGAUGGCAGAAUUAAGAUCACGGAAGAACCAGAUGGAACAAUUGCUCUGACUAUUGAUAAGGCCAGUCAGAAAGACGCUGGAAAAUAUACAGUCAUUGCUUCUAAUUCUGAAGGAAAAGCUAGGAGCGCUGCUCUCACACAAGUACUUGUGAUGAAGAAACCAGAAAUUUUAUCAUCACUUAAUCCUUUGAAGAUAAAAGAUGGUGAAACUGGUCAACUCUCGGUUAAAGUUGUAGGAGAGCCCAAACCCACUCUUCGAUGGUUGAAGGAUGGAAAAGAAUUGAUUCCAACCAACAGAGUGGAAUCAGUUGAAGAACCAGAUGGUACAGUGGCUUUGGUCAUCAAAAACGCACGACCAGAAGAUGCUGGCGACUAUUCGGUUGUGGUACAAAAUUCCCUGGGUGAAGCUAAGAGUGAAGCUCCUGUUGAAGUUCAAUACCCACCAACAUUCCAGAAACCAUUGAAGCCAGUUAAUGUAGUUGAAGGAUACCCCGCCAAAUUAGAGGCCAAACUUGCUGGCUCGCCACCGCCAGAAAUCAAAUGGUUCAAAGAUGGCGAAGAAGUAAAACCUGAUAACGUACAUGUCAAGGAAAUAAUUAGUCCAGAUGGAACUGUUGCUCUUCUCAUUGAUAACUGCAAACCAGAAGAUGCUGGCAAAUAUUCUCUUGUGGCAAAGAAUCCAUUGGGAGAGAACAGCAGCAGCGGUGGCCUUGGCGUUUCAGACAAGACGUCUGAUUCGCCUCCAUCUGCACCUUGCUUUGUGUCACCAAUCGGAAACUUGACUGUGAAAGAAGGUGAACCAAUCAGGUUCGAGGCGAUAGUGUCUGGAAACCCCCUGCCUGAUAUCAACUGGAUAGUCAAUGAUAAGCCAUUAUCACAGUCUGAUAAUACCCUAAUGACAUUCGACGGAGAGAAAGCUAUCUUAGAAAUAAAAGAAUCCUCCCCAGACCAUGUUGGUACUUACCAAUGCAAACUGACGAAUCCACUGGGUGAGGCAAGCAGUGAUGGAUCUGUUUCAGUUCAAGAGAAAACAGCCCCCCGAUUCAUACAACGAUUGAGUGAUUACAAUGGUUUCAUUAACCAGCCAUUGAAACUCAGCUGCAAAGUGAUUGGAUAUCCAGAACCCGAGAUUGAAUGGUACUUCAACGGCGAAUUAAUUUCACCGAGAGAUUCGAGAUAUACGUUCACAAACUUUGGUGAUGUGCAUGCUUUGAACAUCCAGUCCUGUCGCCCAACUGAUUCUGGUGUGUUUGAAUGUAAGGCUAAGAACUCAGUAGGCGAAGACCACACAAGAUCUGCCGUCAAUAUUAGUGAAAAACCCGAAAAAGGUGAACCUCCAAUGUUCUUGAAAAGAAUUGGCGACAAUGAAGUAAUGGAAGGAAUGACAGCCAAAUUCACCGCUUGUAUUACCGGAACUCCUACACCUGAUGUUAGCUGGGUGAAAGAAGGCAAGCCACUGGAUCCGUCUCCAAGGCAUAAAAUGGAAUUAGAAUCCACUGGAAUUUUGCGUCUCAUCGUCAGAGAAGUAGAGUCUGGUGACUAUGGUGACUAUAGCGUCACUAUCUCUAACAUCCAUGGUAGCGCUACAAGCAGCGCCAAGCUCUGCCCAGACAGUUUAGAUCAAAAAUACAUCACUCCGAUUGGCGAUCAAUUUGUCGAUUUUGGAAAAUUCAAAAAAACAGGUAUACCAGUACCGCUCUCGGAGAAGCCGAGAAUUGUCCGAAUGGACGAUUCUUCCCUGACUUUAGGAUGGAAACCAUCAGUACCUACUGCUCCUAGAGUACCAGUCACUUACCAAUUGGAAAUGGCUAAGCAUCCUAAUGGAGACUGGACGCCAUAUAAAGCGGGAUUGAAAGAUACAUUAUGUGAUGUUCGAGAUUUGAUGCCAGGUCAAGAUUACAAGUUUCAGGUUCGAGUCCAAAAUAAGCACGGCAUAAGUGAUCCCUCUCCAUACGUCACAGCCCACCGAAGCAAGAUCUACCAGCAAGAUCCAGCAGAUUUCAAACCGAAAGAUUAUUUCAUUGAUCAUCCACCUUUAUCUCUUUACGCUGCUCCUCCAAAAUUUGUGAGAAAGGAGGAAGAUACUAUGUAUGGAGUGAAAGGUCAUCCAGUGACCAUAGAAUUCUGGGUUUAUGGUCAUCCAGAACCCAAAGUCACGUGGUUCAAAGGAGAUUCACAAAUUGGGAAAGACAAAUAUAGUUUCAUGCAAGAUCGAAAUGGUAAACUGUGCGUGUUUAUUGACUGCAUGAAUGAUGAUUAUGUGGGCACCUACACUUGCCUGGCUGUUAACGAUGAAGGAGAAGCAACCAUGAAGAUCAAGCUGUUGAUUGCAGAACGUCCAGUCUUCAUCGAGAGACUUGAUGAAACGACCGCUAUGUCCAGACGCAGUGCUCGCAUGCAAUGUCGCGUGACUGGACUGCCUUACCCUAAAAUAAAGUGGUUCAGAGAUUGGCACCCCCUCUACGAGUCAGAGAGAGUGAAGAUUCUGUGGGAAGAGCCAGACAAGUGCACCCUCUUUAUAAGCAACCUCAUUACCAGAGACAAUGCCCUCUAUUCCUGCCAGGCAGCUAAUAUUGCUGGAACUGCAACCAGUUCAGCAUCUCUGAAUGUCGAAGAAGCUGAAGAUAUGUUCGAUUUCAAAACGUUUUGUCGUCCAAUUCCUGUCAGAUCACGUGUCAAGCCAUUUGAAGAUUUCUAUGACAUCGGGGAUGAACUAGGAAGAGGUACCCAAGGUAUCACGUACCAUGCAGUAAAGAGAGAGACAGGAGACAGUUUUGCCGCCAAGACCAUGCACGGCAAAGGAAAACUGAAGGACUUCAUGAAAUCUGAGAUGGAAAUCAUGAACCAACUAUGUCAUCCCAAACUGGUUCGACUACGAGAUGCUUUUGAGACAAAAGACACUCUGACAUUAGUCACUGACAUGUAUCCUUCGUCUUGUUAGUUUAAUUUUAAGUUG